AUUUUGGGCGAAGUAAAUCCUCUCACUUCACCUCUUGCACUAUGAUUUGAUCUUUGCUGUAAAGCGGCUUAGAGUGGAUCAUGUGACUAGAAAAACAUGACACACCGAUCAGGAAGCAGUGUAGGCCGAGCAGACUGUCAAGACAGAACUCAUUAAGGUCUUGGGGAGACUCCCAAUGUGUCAACAAUGGCCUACCAGUACGGAAAAGUGCAGGACCCAAAUGUGCUUACUCAGACGAUAAUCUCCAACAUCCAAAAGAUCGCACAACAAACAUCUGAAAUACAGAGUAUUGUGGAUAAGUUGGGAACCCCACAAGACACAACUGAGCUCAGACAGCAGCUGCAGCAGAAACAGCAGAAUGUCAACCACCUUGCCAAAGAAACCGACCGAAGUGUGAAGCAAUUUGGCUCUUUGCCUGUCACAACUGAACAGCGCCAGAGAAAGAUCCAGAAAGACCGAUUUAUCAAUGACUUCUCCAAUGCACUGGCCAAUUUCCAAAAGGCACAGAGGCAGGCUGCUCAGAAAGAGAAGGCGUUUGUUGCCAGAGUCCGUGCCGAGUCCAGAGUGUCGGGUGGCUAUCCUGACGACAGCUUUGGAGGAAAUGGAAACGUCUUUGAAAGUGGGGGGCAGGCCCAGGUCCAGUCACAGUCCCAGGAGGUGGCCAUCACUGAAGAAGACCUGCAGCUCAUCCAGGAGAGAGAGACUUCCAUCAGACAGUUAGAGUCUGAUAUUACAGAUAUAAAUGAAAUAUUUAAGGACUUGGGAAUGAUGGUCCAUGAGCAAGGGGAUGUGAUCGACAGUAUAGAGGCCAAUGUCGAAACUGCUGACCUUCAUGUUCAGAAUGCCACCCAGCAGUUAGCACAGGCUGCAGACUAUCAGCGCAAAUCUAGGAAGAAGAUCUGCAUUCUCAUUGUCGUUCUGGCGGUUCUUGCUGUUGUCAUUGGUUUAAUCAUCUGGGCAUCAGUCAAAGGAUGAUGAUGCUUUUCAUAUACUCUUUGGUCCUGGCAUUUUAUUGAUUAUUUAGGACUAAGUUUGAGUUACAAAUCUCAUGGCCAUAAUACUAAGAAGAAUACACACAGCAUAGACCUGGAAUAGGCUUGUGUGAUACAGUACCUGCUAAUUAUUAUGGACCGUAGCCUAGUGUAUGCACCAGAGGCCAAGAAUUGUGCAAUGCUAAGUAAUAUCUUGCAUCACUUUUGCUGUCAAGUUCCUCAGUGCUGGCUUAUUUUUCUCUUCAAGCCUUUAUUUUCUAUGAAGCAAUUUAUGCAUUUUUAUUUAAUCUCACAAAGAUUCUCACUGUAUAAAUAAAUAUGUACAGUGCCUUCAGAAAGUA